GAUUGAACAGGUAAAUCACAAUUUAACCAGCAGUAGUGUCAAUGCUAUUACUAGGUUAAAAGUCCAGAAGCCGAUAGCAUCUCGUAACAAACCAACGACGGCAUGUUGGUUAUGUGGUGAUUGGCACUACGUACGAUUUUGUCCAUUUAAAAAACAUAAAUGUCAGAUGUGCCAUAAACGUGGACAUAAAGAAGGCCAUUGCCAACCAGAUCGUACGUCUCAGCCCAAGAAGAAGCGCAAACGUACUCGACAUGUGGUGAAAUCAGCCGAGUCUAAAUCACUUUCUCUCGUAGCUGCUUUUCAAACAGAAUAUGUCGUUCGGAGAAAGUAUGUCACUAUACAGAGGAACGGUGCGUCAGCUCGUUUUCAAAUCGACACGGCAUCAGAUAUCACCUUAAUGUCUAGAGAGACGUACAACUCGCUGGGAAGACCGCCAAUGAAGCCAUCUAAGAAAACAGCUAAAAGCGCUUCAGGUGGUGUGUUAAAACUGGUUGGUGAGAUGCACUGUGAAUUUUCCUUCAACGGAAAAAAAUGUACAGGAAUAUGCUAUCUGACAGAACGGCCAAACCUUGAUCUUCUUGGUCUAGAUAUGCUAGAAAAGCUGGGAAUGAUGGAUUUACCCAUUAACAGUGUCUGCAGCGUAUCGUGUUCAUCAGUGGACACCCCGAUACUUAAAAAGAAGACAGGUGAAAGGUUACAAGAUAAACGAAAGAGGAAGUCAGCCUCUGUUUCUCAGAAUAGCCUUGGCCGCGGUACGAAUCUGAAAGCUAACCUACCAGCGAAAGCAGAUGCCAAACCUACUUCACGUCCGAGACGCCCUAUACAAUAUGCUGUUCAUGAGCCUCAACAAAACUUAUCGGUGGGGAAGCAGCCCGAUCGACGGUUGUCUAAAGAUAUGGUUCCUACAAAGCAGGCGGCUCGUAAGAGUACGGGUGGCAAGGCACCCAGGAAGCAGUUGGACCCUAGCACCAGAUCCUACGAAUCUUCUCAAAGGGGAGGUGUUAGUGGGACAUAGAUGGAUUUAAAGCGUGAUUACGUCACUACGCGCUGAUUGGCUAAUUUCCCAUCCAAUCAGCGCCUGAUCGAAGCUUGGAGAACAGGAUAGAAAAUUCUCGUAUUAUUAGCUGCAUGCUGAUUGGUCAAAUCCAGUCCAGUCGAUCACGUGAAUUUCCUUCCAGAAGUUUUCUCAUGCAAAGGCUAUAAAUAGACUAGCAUUGUAUUUAUCUUUGCCUUCUUAGCCUUCUAGCCUUCUUCGCUUUCAAGCCUUUUUGCCUUGGCUUUCGCCAUCACCUCCAGCUUCUUUUCCUUGCUAUUUUGGAAUACAAUCCUUCCUGUUCAACCGUGUUCUGAUUUGUGUUACUUGUCCAGUGUUUGUGUCAAGAAUACUAAGCAAUAAGAUUUAGCCGGGAAAUAUCGUAAGCAACCGUUAC